AUGAGGAUGGAUAAUGAGAGCACUGUGUCUGAGUUCAUCCUCCUGGGGCUCCCCAUUCGAGCAGAGGACCAAGGCCUGUACUCUGCCCUGAUCCUGGCCGUGUACCUGACAACUGUGCUGGGGAACCUGCUCAUCAUCCUGCUCAUCAGGCUGGACUCUCACCUCCACACCCCCAUGUACUUCUUCCUCAGCCACUUGGCCUUCACAGACAUCUCUUUCUCAUCAGUCACAGUUCCAAAGAUGCUCGUGAAUAUGCUGACACACAGUCAGUCCAUCUCAUAUACUGGGUGUGUUUCCCAGGUGUAUUUUUUCAUAGUUUUUGGAAGCAUUGAUAGUUUUCUUCUGACAUCCAUGGCAUAUGACAGGUAUGUGGCCAUCUGCCACCCUCUGCACUAUACCAUCAUCAUGAAUCUGAGCUUCUGUGUUCUUUUAGUAGUAAUGUCCUGGGCAUUAUCUUCAGCCAAUGCCCUUGUGCAAACCCUCCUCUUGAUAAAGAAUACAAGGAUGGAAAAUGAGAGCACUGUAUUUGAGUUCAUUCUCCUGGGGCUCCCCAUUCCAGCAGAGGACCAAGCCCUAUAUUCAGCCCUGUUCCUAGCCAUGUACCUGACAACUGUGCUGGGGAACCUGCUCAUCAUCCUGCUCAUCAGGCUGGACUCUCACCUCCACACCCCCAUGUACUUCUUCCUCAGCCACUUGGCCUUCACAGACAUCUCUUUCUCAUCAGUCACAGCUCCAAAGAUGCUCAUAAAUAUGCUGACACACAGUCAGUCAAUUUCAUAUGCUGGGUGCAUUUCCCAGGUAUAUUUUUUUGCAAUAUUUGCUGAUAUUGAUAGCUUUCUUCUUACAUCAAUGGCUUAUGACAGGUAUGUGGCCAUCUGUCACCCUCUGCACUAUUCACAAACUAUGAGUCAGACACUCUGUGUUCUUCUAGUAGUAGUAUCCUGGGUCUUAUCCACUGCCAAUGCCCUUGUACACACACUUCUUUUGGCUCACCUAUCUCACUUUAGAGACAUUACCAUCCCCCACUACUUCUGUGACCUCUCUGCCUUGUUGAAGCUGUCCAGCUCAGACACUACCAUCAAUGAGCUGGCUAUCUUUGUUUUAGGUAAUGUGGUCAUUACCUUGCCAUUCAUAUGCAUUCUGGCCUCUUAUGGCCACAUUGGAGUCACCAUUCUGAAAACUCCCUCCAUCAAGGGAAUCUACAAAGCCUUUUCCACAUGUGGCUCUCACCUUUGUGUAGUUUCCUUGUACUAUGGAGCCAUCAUUGGACUAUAUUUUGUCCCCUCCUCUAAUAGCACUAAUGACAAAGAUGCUGUUGUGGCUGUGAUGUACACUGUGGUCACACCCAUGAUGAAUCCUUUUAUUUAUAGUCUGAGGAAUCGGGAUAUGAAAGAAGCACUGAAAAAUAUCCUUGGUAGGAGACUGUGUUAA